AGUAGCCCUUCCCUUAGUAUAGAAAAGUCCAACCUUUUUCAAAUACUAUUUUCUUCAUUUUUAUCCUGUAUCUAUAAAUUAGACGAUAAUCCAACUUAUCUGACACCACUGUUUAUAAAAUUUAAAAUUUUUUAAACCUGACAUAAUGACUAUUGAAAAUACUCCAAAAUUCGGUUUCGGUACUAGAGCUAUUCAUGCUGGUGCUCCAAUUGAUCCAAGUACUGGUGCUGUUAUUGAAGCAAUUUCAUUAUCAACUACUUUUGCUCAAUCUGAACCAUCUAAACCUCUUGGUAUCUAUGAAUAUUCUAGAUCUUCUAAUCCAAACAGAGAUAAUUUUGAACAAGCUGUUGCUUCAUUAGAAAGUGCUAAAUAUGCUAUUGCUUUAGGUUCCGGUUCUGCUACAACUGCUUUAGUCAUUCAAUCAUUACCAAUCAAUUCUCAUAUUAUUUCUGGUGGUGAUGUCUAUGGUGGUACUUAUAGAUACUUCACUAAGGUUGCUAACACUCAUGGUGUUAGUGCCACUUUUGUUGGUAAUUUGGCUGACGAUUUGGAAGCUAACAUUAAACCAAACACUAAAUUAGUAUGGUUAGAAACUCCAUCUAACCCAACCUUAUCAGUUACUGAUAUAGCUAAGGUUGCUCAAAUCUUGAAAUCUCAUGAAGAAAAAACAGGUUCCAAGAUUUUAUUAGUGGUUGAUAAUACUUUCUUAUCUCCAUACAUCUCAAAUCCAUUAACUUUAGGUGCUGAUGUUGUUGUUCAUUCUGUUACUAAAUAUAUUAAUGGACAUUCUGAUGUUGUUAUGGGUGUUUUAGCUACUAAUAACUCUGAAUUACAUGAACAAUUCAGAUUCUUACAAAAUGCUAUUGGUUCAAUUCCAUCACCAUUUGAUUCUUGGUUAGCUCACAGAGGUUUAAAAACUUUACAUUUAAGAGUUAGACAAGCUGCUACUUCUGCUCAAAAGAUUGCUGAAUUUUUAGUUCAACAUCCUGCUGUUCAAAAAGUUAACUAUCCAGGUUUAAAAUCUCAUCUUAACCAUGAUGUUGUUGUUAGACAACAUAGAGAUGGCUUAGGAGGUGGUAUGAUCUCUUUUAGAAUUGUUGGUGGUGCUAAAGGUGCUUCAGUAUUCACUUCUUCUACUAAAAUUUUUACUUUAGCAGAAUCUUUAGGUGGUAUUGAAUCAUUAGUUGAAGUUCCAGCUGUCAUGACUCAUGGUGGUAUUCCAAAGGUUGAAAGAGAAGCCAAUGGUGUUUAUGAUGAUUUGGUCAGAGUCUCCGUCGGUAUCGAAGACACUGAAGAUUUAAUUAAUGAUAUUCAACAAGCCUUAGAAAAGGUUGUUGCUACUACUUCUAAUUAAGUACUAUUUUAGAAUUUUGUAUUAUUAGAAAAGCAUAUAUAAAGCAUAUUUAUAUAUGGUGUCUUUGCAUAACAUAGAUUAGUUUUAGUUUAGGAAACUUCAGUUGGGUGAAGUCUUUAUUUUGGUUUUAUUUAGACUUAUUAAACAAUUUUAAAUCGAAUUAUCAUUCGCAUGUAAUAUUUCUU